CAGGUUACAAAAUAUAUAACAUUAGGUAUAAUCAUCACAUCAGUCUCGUGUCAGUACGUAAUAAAUACAGCAAUGAGACCGGACGUAACAUUCGACGAUCGCAACGAAAGAUUCGAUUUAACAUCACUGAUCGACGAACAAAAUCGACAAUUCGAUAACAAUCACAAGAUCGACGACUCCGAAUAUAGAAGGAAUGCAAUGACAAAAUCGAGAAGGAAUGCAAUCGAUAAUAUACGACGAUACGAUUAUUCCGAUAACAACUUUGCCUUUCACGAUGACAUGAACAGUUCUGAAGACGGGGUUGGUGAUUUUGAAACGAAUUUGGUAGCUUAUCGAAUUAGGAAUGGAGACAAUCGAAGGUUUGAAGGUUUAGUCGAUUAUUUGCACGGAGGAGACAUGGUUAUACCAAAAAGGCGAAGUGACGGUCCUGAUCCUGAGAAAGAAAUACUGUUACAUUAUGCUGUUCCAAUUGACAUGAAAAUUAAGGGUUAUUUACAAGUGCCUGUAGUUGAAUAA